AAAUGUUAAUUCCAGGGUGUCUUAUGUAACAAAUAUGGAGGAAAUUAUGAAAAUAGAAGCUCACGACCAAGAAAUUCUUUGUGUCCAAUACUCAAAUCUAAUUACAGGUCCCAAGAUGAUGGCGUCUGGUAGUAGAGAUCGCCUCAUUCACGUCUUUGGCGUGGAUCAGAGUUACAAAUGUAUGCAAACCCUCGCUGACCAUUCCAGCUCUGUUACUGCCAUCAAAUUCACGGAAAACGAAGAACAAAUUAAGCUGCUUAGUUCCAGUACAGACAAAUCUGUUCUCUUCCGAGAUGCACACAAGACUCCAGAGUGUCAGUUUGAAAUUUCUAAACAUCAACAUGUCGUAGGCACCAAUACAUUGUAUGAAAUAGAUAUCGAACCCACACAGAAACACAUGGCAACCGCAUGUCAAGACCGAAACAUCAGAGUAUACAACAUUGAGACAGGGAAGCAAACGCAGUGUUACAGAGGAGCAGAGGGAACUAAAGGGGUCUACUAAAGCUUCAUUUAGACCCUUCCGGUCAGUACGCGUUCACUAGUUGUUCGGACAAAAGUCUGUGUCUACUGGACUUCAAGUCGGGGGAAAUUCUGGCCACCAUGAUCGGCCAUUCGGAGCAGAUCAAUGGCGUGAAGUUCAUGCCGGACCUGAAGCGUCUGGUGUCUGUGUCCAGCGACGGCUGUAUCUUUGUCUGGAGGCUGCCUCCCGAACUGACCGAGUCCAUGCGAGGCCUCCUGGAGGAGAUGGGGAGACUUCCGUUUGAGGCCAUCAACGGGGAAAUCAACAGGAACCACGGAUCAAUCUGGAGUAAGACUUACCGGAUUGCUGAUCCCGCCCCUAUCUCACUAGAAAAAGCUCUGGAGGAAGCUGUUAGGAGCCCCGGUGAACGGGUAGCUAAACCUAAGAUCAAGGAGGAACUAGAGCCACAGGUACAUAAAGAGUCACCUAGUAUCCAGACAGAGGUACAGACCGACAGAAAGGAUGAACUGUCUGACUUCAACAGCACCAUAACCGGACUACCCGACUGGAUACAGGCGAAGAUGGGCAGGGAUAUCUCUAGUUCUCGGGAAUCUGACCACCAACCACAGCCGCCUUCUGGUCGUUGGGCGGUAAAUAAUGACAGUUUAAAGCCAUGGAUAAGUGGAAGAAAGGGUCCGUGUGUGCAGGGCGAGCCUGUGGAUUAUGACAUAUUGUUGCCAGAGCCGUCCGGCGAGGAAACCUUGUCUGUGGAAGAUGUUGAGGAUAACGUGGACCAAGAGGAGAAUCCAGAAUACUCCGCCGUUUCCGGGACUGACCCCUCAGUCGAACCGAUAGACACAGAGAUGGAAGAGGGAAAGACGGAAAAUGAAGAAAGUCUGACUUCCAUAAAUCCGCGAGUGAGCCUCUCCUCCAAGUAUUGGUCUAAGUCACAACUAGAAAACAUCAGUAAAAUGACAAUGCAGAUCUGUAUGCAGCAGCAAGACUUGCUUAAUAUCAAACAAGACAAAAUGCAAGAAAACCUCACCCAGGAAAGUGAAGAAACCAAAGAGUCAUCAUCUGGAACGAAGGAGAAGGAAAUCAUGCUUGACCUGCCAUGCAUCUUUCCUCGGGAGAUUUCCUUAACUUCAGGACAACAACCAAACGUAGCUUCAGAGGAAGACUUUGAUGAUACCUCAAAAGAAAAGAAAGAUGACACUCUUACACAAGGUAUCCAAGAAAGAGAUGAAAUUUCUUUAAGGCGGGAAAUGUUGAAUACACUUAAGGAAUUACUGGAAGCAACAAGACAGAAUGGACGUCUGUUGAUGACGUUAGACUCCAGUAUUAAGAAGAAUACAAUGGUACUACAAAACUUAGCUGACUUACAAAGGGAAAAACUCAGGGAGGAGGAGAGUUGUUAAAAGACUACCCUCUCCAAGGUGAACAUGCUGAUGAAAUUUAAAGGACACAUAUUCAAAAGCAGAACAAUCAUCCCUUUUAUUACAGAAGAUCAAUUUAAUUUGUACCUAAGAAAUGAGUAUUUAUCUCCAUAUUUUCUAAAUGUAGACUGUAUAUUUAUUUUAACGCAUUGUUAGGAGUUUAUAUAUCAUAUUGAUAUAUUUUGAUAUAUGAAUAGCAUGUUUACUACUUAGUACUUACUUCUUAACAAUGCAAUGCUCUUAACCAUAAGUAUCAACCUACAUCGUAAAAAGCAUUGUAUUUAUAGCAAAAGAUUGUGAUUCCUACAUGUAAUAAAAGUUUUCAUUUGUUUAUAGUUUAAUUCAACAAGUGUCAGUAUAUCA